AUGGGGGACAUUUACGACUUUCACUUUGCGGCGGCCUCCGCUGUCUAUGGCGAGGAAAUGAAGCAAGUGCUGACAAAAUAUUCACGUGACUAG